UCCUGCAUACAAGACCCGCCCUCGAGUCCAAUUAUCAUCUCUGUCUUGUGCCGAUACUUUCCCGCCAGAAUACUUUGCCAUCUUUCACUUCCCCGUCUUCCCUCACUCUCUCUCUGUCUUUUUGCGGAAGUCUUGAAGAUAUGUUGUGGGUAGACAAGUACCGGCCGAAAACCCUAGACAAAAUGACGAUGGUACACGAAGAUGUCGCCCAAAAUCUCAGGAAACUGGUAACAGAGCAAGAUUGCCCUCAUUUGCUGUUUUAUGGUCCUUCUGGUUCCGGCAAGAAAACCCUAAUCAUGGCCCUACUCCGGCAGAUGUUCGGACCCAGUGCCGAGAAGGUGAAGGUAGAGAACAAGACCUGGAAAGUUGACGCUGGAACUCGAACUAUUGAUCUGGAGCUUACAACAUUAGCUAGUACGUACCAUGUGGAACUCAAUCCCAGUGAUGCAGGGUUUCAAGACAGAUAUAUUGUUCAAGAGAUUAUCAAAGAAAUGGCAAAAAACAGACCUAUUGAUACGAAAGGGAAGAAAGGAUUUAAAGUAUUGGUGCUUAAUGAGGUAGAUAAACUAUCAAGAGAAGCUCAGCAUUCUCUUCGACGAACAAUGGAGAAAUACAGUACGUCAUGCCGGCUAAUUCUGUGUUGCAAUAGCUCUUCAAAGGUCACUGAAGCAGUCCGUUCUCGUUGUCUGAAUGUGCGGAUAAGUGCACCGACAGAGGACCAGAUUGUCAAAGUGUUGGAGUUUAUUGGCAGGAAAGAAGGACUGCAACUUCCUCCCGGAUUUGUUGCCCGUAUUGCGGAAAAGUCAAAUCGGAGUUUAAGGAGGUCUAUUUUGGCAUUUGAGACUUGCCGGGUCCAACAGUAUCCAUUUACAAGUAACCAAGCUUUACCUCCAAUGGACUGGGAGGAAUAUGUUUCUGAGAUAGCAUCAGAUAUAAUGAAGGAGCAGAGCCCUAAAAGGCUCUUUCAGGUUCGUGGAAAGUUGUACGAGCUACUUCUGAAUUGCAUUCCGCCAGAGAUAGUAUUGAAGAGGCUGCUGUUUGAGCUGUUGAAGAAACUGGAUGCUGAAUUAAAGCAUGAAGUAUGUCAUUGGGCUGCAUAUUAUGAACAUAGGAUGCGCCUUGGACAGAAAGCUAUCUUUCACUUGGAAGCAUUUGUAGCCAAGUUCAUGAGCAUUUAUAAGAGUUUCUUGAUUGCAACAUUUGGUUGAAGUGAGAUCUCUUCUAGUUCGCCUUUUGGGUUUUUUGCCUCGGCAGCUAUGCAGCAUCUCAUCGGGAAGGGUCUUCAGGAUUUGUGGUUUUGCCCAACUUGGUUAUCUUACUGAAAUUUCAUGCUACAGAAGAUCCGAUGAUACUUGUUUUAUGUAAUCUAAGACUCUGCACUUACCGCAGUGACUUUGAGCCAGAUCUCGUGUUUUUUUAUAGUGUUCGAACACCUGAAGCCCAAACAAGGAUAUGAAGCCAUUGUUGUUGGAUUGAUGUCGAUCACUGUAAACAAAUUGAAACUAAUCAUGUAAACUUGCUGGCGGGAAGCAGCAGGUCAUUCAAGGCUGGUUUGACUAAUAAUUUGGUCUUUUUGUUUGUUAGUCA